GGGGGGGAAGAGACGGGGAAGAGAGGGGGGGAGAAAAAGGAGGAAGCGGUGCCAGGCUGCAGGCGAGCGCGGAGCAGCAGCCCCGGCACAGAGCAAGGUGCCGCCGCUGCCCAGCUGGCGAGGGCGGAGAGGCGCCCGCGAAGCCCCGGCCGCAGCAGCCCCAGCCCAGCAGCGCGGCGGCUCCCUCCCGGCGCCUUGGGCUCCCGGGUAUAUGUGUGCGCCUGGCCAUGUCGUAUCCUCAGGGUUACUUGUACCAGCCGUCAGCGUCCUUGGCUCUCUACUCCUGCCCGGCGUACAGCACCAGCGUGAUCUCCGGACCCAGGACCGAUGAACUUGGGAGAUCUUCUUCGGGCUCCGCUUUUUCCCCUUAUGCCGGAUCUACCGCCUUUACCGCCCCUUCCCCGGGUUACAACUCCCACCUCCAGUACGGCACCGACCCGGCCGCCGCCGCCGCCGCCGCCUUCACUUCCUACGUGGGCUCGCCCUACGACCACACGCCGGGCAUGGCCGGCUCCCUGGGGUACCACCCGUACGCGGCGCCGCUCGGCUCCUACCCCUACGGGGACCCCGCGUACCGCAAGAACGCGACGCGGGACGCCACGGCCACCCUCAAGGCCUGGCUCAACGAGCACCGGAAAAACCCCUACCCCACCAAGGGCGAGAAGAUCAUGCUGGCCAUCAUCACCAAAAUGACCCUCACCCAGGUCUCCACCUGGUUCGCCAACGCGCGGCGGCGGCUCAAAAAGGAGAACAAAAUGACCUGGACCCCGCGGAACCGCAGCGAGGACGAGGAGGAAGAGGAGAACAUCGACUUGGAGAAAAACGACGAGGACGAGCCCCAGAAGCUGGAGGAGAAGGGGGACCCCGGGACGCCGGACACAGGAGCGGCGGAUCCCAAGGCAGCGCCGGGCUGCGAGCGCCUCCAGGAGUCCCCCGGCCCCCGGGAGGCCGAGGGCGGCCUCAGCGACUCGGAUUGCAAAGAGCCGGCUGAGGAGCGGCUCGACGGGCCGCCCGCCCCCCCCAAGGCGCCCGGCUCUUCGCCGCUGGGGCCGUGCCCGGCGGGCCGCGGGCUGCCGCCGGCGGGCGGCGAGGAGCCCCCGCCGUACCGCCCGCCCUCCGCCGCCGCCGGGCCGCCGCACGCCUCCUACCUGCACCCGCUGCUGCCCGCCGCCACCGGCGCCUCCGUCAUCCACUCGCCGCAGCAGGCGGCCCUCGCCAAGCCCAAGCUCUGGUCGCUGGCCGAGAUCGCCACCUCGGCGGACAAGGCGAAGGAGGCCGGCGGCGAGGCGGCGCCCCCCGGCCCCGCCGUGCUGGGCGGCGGCGGCCCGUCGCGCUCGCCGCCGCGGCCGCGCUCGCCGGCGGCGCAGUGCCCCUUCCCCAACGGGGCGGUCCUGCCGCGGCCGCUCUACUACACGGCGCCCUUCUACCCCGGUUACACGAACUACGGCUCCUUCGGGGCCCUGCACGGGCACCCCGCCGGCGGCCCUGCCGCCGCCGCCCCCGGCGCCCACUUCAAUGGAUUAAACCAGACUGUCCUCAGCAGAGCCGAGAGCCUGGCUAAAGACGCUAAAAUGAUCAGGAGCCAGUCCCAAGUAGACCUUUGCAAAGACUCACCUUACGAACUGAAGAAAGGUAUGUCCAACAUUUAAUAUCGGCUUCUCCUCCUUACCCCCUCCCGGGACUGUGGUUUUGUUCUUUUUUUUUUUUUUUUUUAAUUUAUUGAGAGAAAUAAUGAAUUGCUUUGGCAGUUAUUUUUCCACUACCAAAAGAAAAACAAAACAAACAGAAAAAGACCAGCUGCCCCCUCCCUCCCAGCACCCCCUUCAAAAGUUUAUAGAGUCUAUUGGAAAUGGCUGGGUGGAAACAGCCCAGAAAUGUCUUAACCAAGUGAAAAGCAAACGAGUGACACGCUCUCUCUCACACACACAAAGAGGAAAGAUUUGUAUUAAAUCUUAUUCUGUAUAUUUAAUGUAGCUUUUUGUAUUUAAAUUGAUAAUACAGUAUCUUUGAAGUAAAUUAUGAAAUCAAGACACCUGUACAGGCAUUAAUGUUGUUUUCGUAAUAUAAAUAUAUACAUUUCUGUGUCUUUUUCCGAAUUGUUUCAUAGUUUUAAAAUAUAUAUAUACAAGUUUAAUUUAAUUUUUUAUGCCUAUUGUUUUUUUUUCUUGGGUGUGAGCUAAACUAUAAUGCAAAAAAAAAAAAAGGAAAUAGGUUAUACUUAUUAGAUACAAAAAACUGCAGCCGCCUUUGUAAAAUGCAAAUAUUUAAUUAAAAGAGAUUUUUAACAGAA